AUGGAGAACAUCGAGAACGUUAAGCAAUUCAUUGAAGCAUUGGAUGCAUCCACGAAUAAGCUCUCUCUGAAGUUGAAACCGAUACUAACAAAGUCACUUGACGAACAGGUUGCAUCCAUAGAAGACCCUGUAGCCAAAAUAAAGUUCUACAAUAACUAUUUAUACGUUCUUGUAUCAGUCCUCUUCGCAUACAUAAAGUCUGUAGGGAUAGAUACGACCUCGCACCCAAUUGUUAAGGAAUUGGGCAGAGUAAAGUCAUACAUGAACAGAUUAAAGGAAUUGGAAAAUAAGUUGAAGUCUAAAUCAAACUCUAGUUCUGAGGACGCCCUUGCUGCUAGAAGCUUCCUUCAAAACACUCUUGGUGGUAAAGUAAACGGUGGAGGAGCCGCAGCAACUCAAUCUUUAACCACUCCAGCGAUAAGUAGCGGAAACUUUGGUAAGCAUACUAAAUUCACCCAAGAUGAUGUAGAAGAAAAGAGUGAGGAACUGGAGGUAAAGAACAUAAAGAAGAAGAAGUAUCCUAGUAAGGGUAAAAUAACUAAGCCUGCGACGAAAGGUACUGCUAAGUCAAAGGCAUCCAAGGUGAAAAAGAUCAAUAAAUAG